UCACUUUACCACCUAAGGCACAGCAGGCAUGGCCCCUACAUUGUUAUCUGAUAUUUUGACUCAAAACUUCUCUGUUCCUCAGCGCUACAUCAGACCCGUUUGUGACCGCGCUAACCUCACCCAAGUUCAUUACGCAGAGUGCCCUGUCUCUUCUAUUGAUCUCCAAAGCCUUCAAGGACCUCAUAGGACCCUCAUCCUUAAUCAGAUCGCCCAAGCCUGUCAAAAUGAUGGCUUGUUUCAGGUGGUGAACCAUGGAAUACCGGAGGGCGUCAUCGAGAACAUGAUGCAGGUCUCGCGCGAUUUCUUCAGACUUCCAGAAUUUGAGAAGAUGAAGAACUUCUCGGAUGACCCCUCCAAAACAAUGAGACUCUCCACCAGCUUCAACAUGAAGAGAGAGAGUGUCCGCAAUUGGCGUGACUACCUAAGGCUCCAUUGCUAUCCUUUGCAGGACUUCACUGACGAGUGGCCCUCAAACCCUACUUCUUUCAGGGGAUGUGUUAGUGAGUACUGCACAAUGGUUAGAGGACUGGUUUUGAGGCUCUUGGAAGCCAUUUCUGAGAGCUUGGGUUUGGAAGGGGAUUACAUAGAGAAGGCAUUAGGGAAACAAGGGCAACAUAUGGCCAUCAAUUACUAUCCUCCAUGUCCUGAACCAGAGCUAACUUAUGGAUUGCCAGGCCAUACUGACCCAAACGCUUUAACCAUUCUCCUUCAAGACCAAGUUCCGGGACUUCAGGUGCUCAAAGAUGGCAAAUGGGUGGCCGUUGAUCCAAUUCCUAAUUCUUUUGUUGUAAACGUCGGUGACCAGAUACAGGUGAUAAGCAACGGAAGGUACAAGAGUGCAAUACACAGGGCAGUGGUGAACAAUGAGAAAGAGAGAAUUUCGGUCCCAACCUUCUAUUGCCCGUCUGAUGAUGCCAUUAUAAGCCCAGCUGAGAAGCUCCUUGAUAAGGACCAUCCACCAAUUUACCGAAGCUACACUUACAGUGAGUACUAUCUCAAGUUUUGGGACAAAGGUUUAAAGCAAGAAAAUUGCCUUGAUUGCUUCACUAUUGGGAAGUAGCAUUUUCAUGUCCCUUUGAUAAAGAAAACAAGUCUUGGAAUCUGCACUGAAGUUAUGACAUUGGAUGCAAGGAUAUCAGAAUAGACUUUGCAUAUGUUACGAAGCAUCUCGAUCAUGACCUGAUCAAACUAGAAGAAGUUCAUCGUCUUUGUCAUAGGAGUAAUUGGAAAUGGUAGAAAAGGACAAGUAGUGAGCUAAAUUCAGCCCAUUCUUUUUUUUUUUUACUGGAAAAUUUAUGUACGAGUGUAGCUUUUAUUUAUAAAAAGCAAGUUUGGAGUAAUGAUA